GGUUUUGACGUUUUGUAUGGUGUCCAUAGCUGGCUCCUAAAACUCAUCUAUUUUAGAUAAUUACAAAUGGCUUCCGUUUUCAACUUGCGGUUAUCCUUCACUGCUGGCAUGGUUUUCUAAUCAAGGAUCAAUUUGCCGUGAGAUAGUAUUUGAUUAUAUUAUUUCUACUGAGUAGUUCUGCUACUGCCACGAGUCAUGGGCAUACAGGAUCUACAGACUUAUUUAGAAAAUGAGGGAGUGGGUGUGGAUUUGUUUCGGAUUGCACGGAAUCACGCCGGCGGCUUCCGACUAGUGCUUGACGCGGAGGGCUGUCUGGACCGGCUAUAUGGAGGAUAUUUCUCUGAUUGGGCAUGCGGCGGACAGUGGGCCCGCUGUGUCCAAUUCUUAACCACCCUGGCGCAGGCCCUUGCUGAGCACCAAGUGGCACUGUGUGUUUGCUUCAACGGAGCGCACCCUGCUCCACCAGUGGCUCCGCAGCACUGGAUCCAGACGCAGUCUACUUACAGGCAGAGAGUCAACUCUGUAUUGCGCCAUAUUGUCACAAAGGGUACUCCUCCACCCAAAGUCUGGUGGGUGCCACCAAUGGGGCUACAUUCAUGUCUUCGUACUGCUCUAAGAUAUCUGAAUAUACCCAUUAUGGUAUCCUCGGAUGACCAUUGUCAGGAAGUGGUCGGCCUGUGCCGAGAGAAAACCUACGCUGGCCUGGUUGGCUGCUCUGGAGAGUACCUGGUGUUCCAACCUCCGAGAUACUUUAGCUCGUCACAACUGAAGCUAACAUACAGGUCUUCCUUGGAAACUAAGGAGUAUAAGAUCCACGAAUUGCCUCAACUGCUGGACAUGCCCCAGGACCGCCUCUGCCUCCUGGCCGCUCUUCUCGGUGGUACCAUUCUGUCAGAGCAGAGCCUCACUGAUUUCUACAAGCGAUUAGGAAUUACUCAGAAAAAGCAACAAGUGCCGCCAGAAACCCUGAUAAAGGCCGUUAGCCAGUUCGUGCGCGACCUACCCUCGUCCGACAUGGACAGCGCGUGCAUCGAAAUAUUCGGUGACCUCAACGACCUCCGGGCGGCCAAGCUCAAACAAGCCGUUCAGUAUUAUCUCAAUGGCACCAAAGAUGGCUUCCUCAAAUACAGAACUGCCACUGGUCGCCGCCCGAAAACUAACAAAAGGAAUCAGAAACCGGACAGUCCACAGUCAACCUCUGCCGAUUUGGACACUUCCAAAUUAGCGGCCGAGUCAUCCGAACACGAGCAAAAAGGCUUGGACGAUUACAAAUUGGCUACAGCAAACGCGUCAAUGAAUGCCGACUUUAGCACCGAGGAGCGGACGAUGGAGGUGGGGCAAGCCCUGGCUUCUAUGUCGCUCGAGGGCGGCGACGCCGAACAGAAGAAGCCUGCUCCUAAACCCGUAGAGAAACAAGAGAAACAAGCUGCAACUAAAGAGAGCCGCCAAACCAAAUCGCCAAGCUCUGACAACUGCCCGCCCGCGCCGGCGGAGGUGCUCCGCACGUGCGCCGAGCGCCACGCGCGCGGCCUCAUGCACCCGCAUAUGCUCGCCAUACUCACACACCGCCAGGUGGCGCUGCCAGUCCUCAUGGAAGACGACAACCACCGCGAGAUCCCAUCCAUCCACCACUUCUACCGCCCCAUCCGCCAGAAUGUCUACGCCAUUCUCUACAACAUGCACCACCACCGCUUCAUGGCGCAGAAGGCUAAAGAUGAAGGCACAUCAAGCAUGUCGGUCGAGCGCGCGUGCACCGUGCAAGUCGCCGAGUGGAUUUACUCUCGUGUCAACCCGGGCAAAACGCCCGAGAUGGUGCCUGGAGUGGUUCUCGACUGGCCCGUGCCCACGGUGCAGAGGCUUUGGUUCGGAACCGCGCAAGACGACAAGUGCCGCCGCAUGCGCGCGUUCCUAUCAUGCAUGCGCUCGGACACGCCACUCAUGCUCAACACGUCCUACGUGCCGCAGCACCUGCUCAUCCUGGCCACCGUGCUGAGAUUCAUAAUGACAUCGCAAAUUCAGAUUUUGCGUCGUCAGGAGUUGGACGCGUUCCUGGCCACAGCUUUCUCUAAUGAUCUCAUGAAUGCCCUUCACUUGCAAGAGAUGACGGUGAACGGCAUCAGCUCACGCGGCGUGCAGCUAGGCGCGCUGGUGAUGGCGGGUGCGGAGGCGGCGCUUCUCGCCAACGACGCGUGCGGCGCACCCGUGCCCUGGCUCGUGGCCGCGCCCUGGCUGUACUUCGACGGCAAGCUGCUGCAGCGCAACCUCGCCCGAGCCAUGCACUGCAAGCACCUCGCCCAGCUCUGCGACAACCACCUCGACACCGUAGUCAAGGUGGAGCGCAUGCGCAAGGCGAUCCUGGAGGGGCUGGAGGUGGAGUGGGCGCUGCCGCCGCUGCCGCUGGUGGCGGGCGUGGUGGGCGGGCUGGGCUGGCGCGGCCGCGCGCGCGGCGCCCGGCUGGAGAUCGCGGGCGUCGUGGUGGGCCAGUGGGGCGCCGACUACCCGCAGCGCGCGCGCUACCCGCAGGCGGCGCACUACGUGGGCUACACGCCGCCGGUGCGCAACGCGUACGGCGUGCGCGGCGGCCGCGGCUGGCGGGGCCGCGGGGGCGCGCGCGGCCGCGGCGCCGCCCGCCCGCAGCGCCGCCGCACACACAACGACGAGCCCGCCAAGCCCGCCACGCUCUCCGUCAACGGUAAAACAGUGCGUCCCGAAGACCUGGGGUCCCAGGCCGAGGAAGGCAGCCCACACGGGGAGGAAUCCGCUCCCGACAACGAUAACGAAGGAGCACAGCCGAUGCGAACAAAGACUGCUAAAAAUGCCAAGAAAAAUGUUGGAAAAGGUAAAAAGAAGAAUUCCAACCCGAAGACUGACGUAGCGCAGACGUUGGAGGCCAAUGGACCACUCGACAAGAUGGAGACGGGCCAUAAUUCGGACAAAGAGCAUAUUGGUCAAGGUGACGCCCCAGUAUCUAAUUAGUAUUAAAAAGUAGAUUUUUUUACUUUCUGAAACUGUACCGGAGGUAAAUUCAAUUUUAUUUUGUUAGCCAUUUAUAUUUUAGUAGUUGUUAGAUGCCUCUUUUGUAUUCAGCUUUGUUGUCCGCUCCGCCGCGCACGGCGGUGGCAGUGCACGGCGGAUUUGUUGCAACACCCGGUCGUAAGCAGUUUUCAUUAUUGGUUUUUAGUGGUAGCAUUUGCGUUCAUUUGUAGGGGAAAGCUUUCCAGUAAUAUAAUUCGUACAUACGCGUAUGUAGUAGUUUGCACAAAUAACAUUUACAUAAUAUCAUUUGUGUGUUCUACUAACGUUCCGUUCCUUAUCAUUAUUAUCAAUAAAAGUAACAUCCGGGACAUUUUGGGAAUUAACAAUUUACGUCUAAAUAUUGUUGUUAUAAUGUAGCACGUGUGGUUGCAUAAUAAUUGUGAAUCAGAUAAAUAAUAACACCUCGUAUCGAUGUUGUUAUUGUCUGAGCCGGGGCGCCUCAAGCGCGUCAAGUAUACGUGCCUCAAGACCUAUAAGACUUCCCAAUAAGAGACUGAUUUUAUAUUACGUUGAUUGUCACAUAAUGUGUACAAUUAAUUAUAAUAUUAAUAACAAGAGACAUGAUCGAGGCGACCGCCUCCCUAAACCCUAAUAAGACGAAGAGUGCCUCUUUGGAUAUUUUGUUAUAUGCUGUAAGUGAACACUCCUGUAUCAGAUACGCAUGCUCGACGUUACCGGAGCAAAUAACAAAGUGCCCAAAGGGAGUAGGUUUUGUUACAUGCUAGUAUUAAUAUCUGUGAGAUAGACAAACCUCGAAAGCAUCCGUUAAUUGACAAGUGAUAAUUAGAAAAUAUAUAUUAAUAAAUUAACAUGUUCAUUGUUAAGUCACGUUUAAUUAAAAGUGAGAUGACUUAGUAAAUAAUAUGUUUUGAUUUUAAGCAUAUAAAGUACUGAGUCAGCAUUAUUUAUUUACAUAUAGUAAUAUUUACAAUUUACCAAAUUAUUAUUUUUAUUUUUUGGCUAGGUUUAGUCGAUGUUAUCUGUAAGGUAAAUGGAAGCGCUUAAAGCGAUAGAUGCUUCCUUCACCUAUUCUCUCUGAGAGAAAAAAGGACAGCUUAUUUAGGCCCUCGUGUCCAGUCAAGAGCAACUAAUUGUAAUUAUAAAUUAGGGUUUAUACGGAGUAGUAGUUUUGGUUAAUGCAACGUGAUACCUGUUUAAGACCCAGGUAUCUAGUUGAUCCCGGUUACUCGCUAGAUAACAUGGACUAAACCUGCUAUUUUCAGACUUGUUUUCGGUAUUUCAUGAAACGUUAUUUAGGCGUAAUUGGGAUGGUUGAGUGUUGUUGUUGGGAACUGUGUGUUGUAUUGUUAUUAUGCUGUAUUGUUGGCCGCACCGGCUGAUUGCGAACUGUAAUACCAUAAUAGAGGGAGGGUUGAAAUUUUAGAAUAGAAAUUGCAUUUAUUGAAUGAUGGUUGGUGCUUUAGGAUUCGUGGGACUGCCUGAAACGAGUCUGAAACUCAUAGACUUAAGUCUUAUAAUAGACGUUUAAAUGAAACUGAAAGAACAUUCGCAUGUUGACUUUUCCUCAUCCUAUAGGGUAUUAUUUCAAUAGGAAAUUUUAGAUUGUUAGUGAUAUAUUUAUACGCAUUUUUGGGAUCUCGAUGUUGCGAAUGUUCUUCACUUUAUAUGUAUUUUUGUAAAUUUGUUAUAAUGUUAUACUUAAUGUAGCUGGAAUGACUAACAAGGAUAUUUGAGACAAAGUCUUGCUAAGAUACUCGGUUGGCGGCACAACUGUCGCGACGUAUUGAACAGUUACAUUCCAUUUCGAGUCUACUCGUGAACAUUCGAGGGACAGUUCGCGCCGGUCGAGAAUGGAACCAAAUGAAGACUUUACAAUUUUUGGAACGCUUUUACCCUGGCCAGAAGACAAAAUAUGUUGCAACAAUACAUAUAAUUGAUUUUAUCAAUCGAAACAUGAGCAGAACUCGGGUGCAGAGCACACGUAUAAGUAGCCACUGCGCUGUUCCAAGUAAUUGCCAAUCAAAGUAAUGUAACUAUAAUGCAUCUGACUUCGAGCCGCGGGCGGCCCAGAGGCCGGCGGCCGGCGAGCCCGGCACGCCUGCUCCCGCGGCGACUCGCUAGCGUCGCACCAGGCGACUACGACAUAUUAUAUAUUUAAACAUAUAUUAUUGCUUGCUUAUUAAACACGAAUGUGUAGCGUUUAGAAUUUUAACUUCAAUGUAUUUUCAUUUCUUUAAGAAUUAUGUAUGUGUAACAGCAUAAAGCAUGUUAUAGAGGAUUAAAAUAACAUUUCAACGGUUUCAUAACGAAAAGGCAGACAGCUAUUGGAUCGUGUACGUUCCGAGUGAAUUUCAUAAGUCGAUCGACGUUUCGCUUGCCUUUGGAGUUAUUAAACCGUUUUUCGUGCUCUUUAAAUAAAUAUACUUUGUCGUCACAUACAUACUUUAAAGUGUAAUAGUUCAUUAGUGGUGAUUCAAAGGAGUAGACUUUAUUUUUCUCUUUUUAAAUCCAUUAUUCACUAUAGUUUUAGAUUAUCCAACAAUAUUAUAACAUUUACUACAUUAUAAACUUGUUUGCCGACGAUAGUCACUUAAUAUUGUCAACAUAAUUGUAAUCAAAAUAUAUUAUAAUACUUGUGGUAAUACAUAACAUUUUCGUAACUGAACUGUAGCAAACGUGGAACUGUGGCUUUUUUGAAAACACUUAUAACUUAGAAUGUAACCUAAUAAAGAGAAUUCUUUAAAAACGUUCAUUACUAUUUUAGUUUGGACACAAAAAAAUAUUGGAUGAAUUUAAAUUGUAAACAGUUGUAUUUGUCUUCAAAUAAAACGUUCCAUCAUUAUGAAA